AUGCCGUUCAAAUCGAUAAACUCCAAGUCGCUCUACUACACCGUUACUCCUCCCCCAGAGGCCAACGCAUCCAAUCCAUUGACUCUCUUCUUCAUCCACGGUCUCGGCUCUUCCUCCUCCUACUACUUUCCCAUCAUCCCCUAUCUUUCAUCCCUGGGCCAUCGCUGCAUAACCCUCGACACUCAUGGCAGUGGCGCAUCGGCUUACACCGCCAGCGCCGGCAAUAGCAUCGCUAGCAUAGCUUCCGACGUCACUGGCUUAUUAGACGCUUUACACAUCACUCAAAAUGUGGUGGUGAUUGGCCACAGCAUGGGCGGUAUCGUGGCAUCGCAGCUGGCUCUCUCUGAUGCAAGCGGGAGAAUAAAGGCCGUUGUGCUGAUCGGACCUGUGAAUCCUAAUCCAGCCGCUGCAGACGUCUUUGGGAAGCGAAUCAAGAUUGUUGAAGAGCAGGGCAUGGAAGCCAUGGCUACUACGAUCCCCCAGGGCGCGACUGGCGCACGCUGCAGUACACUCGUACAUGCGUUUAUUCGGCAGUUACUCAUCAGUACAGAUACCAAUGGCUAUAUUUCCCUAUGUCGAACCAUUGCAGAAGCACCGGCGCCUGACUAUGCUAGCAUCAAGAUCCCAGUUCUGCUUUUGGCUGGUGAGGAGGACAAAUCCGCGCCAUUAUCGGGUUGUGAAAAGAUACUCGAGGGGUAUCAGAGCCAAGUCAAAAAAAUGAAAGUGUUGACUGGAGUUGGUCACUGGCACGUACUCGAAGCGCCAGAUGAGGUCCAGCAAGCCAUCAGUGGAUUCUUAGACGAAUUACCAUAG